AUGGUGAAGGCACUACACCUAGGGCCUUGGUUUAUCUCUGGAAAUUUUCUAUCCGUACGGAAAUGGGAACCAAAAUUUGUCCCUCAAGAAGCCACACUCACCUCUAUUGCCAUUUGGAUACGGCUACCCCAACUGCCAACAGAAUUCUACGACAAGGAUAUAUUAGUAAAAUUUGGGAGGAACCUAGGCAAUCUCCUCAAGAUAGACCAAUGUACAUCCUCUACCCUAAAGGGGAGAUAUGCACGCAUCUGUAUCCAAGUGCCAUUAGAAACCCCAGUGGAAACAAUAGUAAUCAUAGGAGAUCAUAAACAUGCAGUGAUUUAUGAAGGCGAAGGAACUCUUUGCACCAUUUGUGGCAGGAUAGGGCACACUGCUCCUAAAUGCAUCCAUAAGACACACACAUCCACAACAUCCAAUGGAGCACAUGAAGUUCAUCAAAAGGAACCAUCCCCAAAGGAAAGUGAAUGGAAGACUGUCACCUUCCCACGAAGACGCAAGCAGGGUCAACCAAAAACAAUUAUCAGCAAUGAAGGGGAAAGGCCUUUCCUACGAUUUCACCCUGGACAAUCGGAGGGUGACACUGAUAGUGCAAAAUCCAGCACACCUAGCCAGGGUGACGGUGGAAGCUUUGAACAAGGCCGAUGGCGUUUGGACCUCUCCUAUGGCAGUCGAUGGCCAACACCGAUAGCCCACUACCAAUAA